ACAAAUAAUGUGCAGUGAACAGAUCAUCAAUUUCCUUGGCUGUGUCUGAAACACGAAAUUGUUUACAAAAUAACUUCAACACUGAUCUCAUUCAUCCAUAUCUUCUUGGCAUAAAGAUCACUGAAAAAUGGCAGAGACGCAAGGGAAAGAUGAGGAAUGGCUCAUGAAAUUGGAUCAGCAGUUCCAAGAAAUAGCAGGAGAUGAUAACCUCAUUGAUUUUGAUGAAUUCAAGAAAGCACUGAGAGUCAAAAAGUCGUUCUUUGCUGAGCGGUUCUUUGCGCUUAUUGACACAGACAAGUCAGGGAGUAUCACUCGGAAUGAACUCAUAGCUGGUCUCCGGUUUCUUUUCAAUGGAACACCAGAAGAGAAAAUCAACUUUCUCUUCCGGGUGUACGACGUAGACGGAAGUGGGUACAUAGACUUCGACGAGCUCAAGACAGUACUACGCUUUUGCACAGUCGAAAGUGCAUUGACCCUUAGCGAUGAAACCUUGACUGAACUAACCCACACACUUUUCGAUUUUGCUGAUGUCGAUGGCAAUGGUCAAGUGAGCUAUGAGGAGCUUUCGCAACAGCUACAGCUCUACCCUGCAAUCACAGCUAACCUUAGUCUCAGCGCCGCUGAUUGGCUUAAUCCUCAAAAGAAGAAGCUUAAACAGCAAUCAUCAAGAAAGACUUGUUGCAGUUUUCAUACAAUUCGUAAUCACCUCUCCGUCAUCAUCUUCUGGGUCGUCUUCGUUAUCAUCAAUGUUGGACUAGCAGGAUGGGGUGCAUACCAGGGUUAUGCAAGCGUCAAGGAUGCAAGGGACCCAUCUGCUUUGGCCAUUGCAAGAAGUGCAGGACGCUGUCUCAGCUUCAAUUGCUGCUUUGUUCUGGUUCUGAUGCUUCGGAAGCUCUUGACCAGCUUACGUACGACAUUCUUAACAAAUGUUCUUCCUCUUGAUCAACACGUGAUUCUUCAUAAGAUUGUUGCAGCCUUCAUCAUCAUCUUGUCUGUGGUUCAUACCAUUGCCCAUAUUGCAAACCUCGCAUUGUUGUAUCAGGUGGAGAAGGAAAAUGGACCUACGCCUUACUGGGUCCGUGAUGUUUUCGUCCGACGUUUUCCAGGUCUUGGUCUGGUCGAAGGUUCCUGCAUCAUUACAGGGAUUCUGAUCAUCAUCGUACUCAUCAUCAUGACCAUCUGCUCAAUGCCAUUUAUCAGAAGAAAGGGGCACUUCCAAGUGUUUUACUGGACCCAUCAGUUGUGCAUUGUUUUCUGGUCCUUGAUCAUCCUACAUUCCAAGUAUUUCUGGAUCUGGUUUAUUGUGCCCGGUUUCAUCUAUUUCAUUGAACGCCUUCUUCGCCUUCAGAUUUACAGACGAACGAUGUAUGGUAAAACCUUUAUCAAGAAUGCAUACAUCCUACCUGCCAAUGUUGUUCAUCUUGUCAUCCAGCGUCCACCAAAUUUCAAGUUCCAUGCAGGGGAAUACGUUCAUGUGAAUAUCCCAUCUAUAGCAUCCCAUGAGUGGCAUCCAUUUACCAUCAGCAGCGCACCAGAACAGGAAGAUUUCCUGUCUCUUCACAUACGAUGUGUUGGGCACUGGACAAACAGACUCAACAGUGUCGUCAACAAUCUUCAGCCAUGUCAGCAAGGGCGAGCUCUCCAACUUCAGAGUGGCGAGAUUAAGCAAAGAAGGAUCAGUCGUUUUGUAGACGUCAAAGUGGAUGUUGAUUCUACUAAAACUGCACAUGCUGAUGAAAAGCUUUUCAACCAGGGUAUCACCUCUGGAACUCUCGCAUCCGUGUCUAAUGGAAAUAAAUCUUCAGCGAAAUUCCGCAGAAGUGGGCUGCCCAAUGUGGCAUAUGUCCCAGAAAAGGUAGAGGAUGUCAGAAUUCAAAUCGUUGAUCCAGGGAUCGAUGUAGAGGUACAGGGGGACAGCAAACCAACUGGCAGCUCUGAGGACAGCCGACAAUCUUCAGGGCCAAAUGGCAACAAGUUCAAACUGAAACAGAUAAGCGGUGUUCAAAGCGUUGUAAAUCAUGAAGUGUCAGGGGAGUCUAAGCAACGUAAGAUCAGUGUACUACAUUCGUUGAAUCUUUCAGAGAUCAUAGAGGCUUCGCCCGACACUGGAUUGGAAAUUAUUUUAGAUGGUCCUUAUGGAGCUCCUGCUCAGCAUAUCAUGGAGGCUGAACAUGCCGUUCUCAUCGGGGCAGGAAUAGGAAUCACACCAUUCGCUUCCAUCCUGCAGAGCAUAUACGUGAGAUACAAAGCUGCAAAGAACCAUUGUCCUAACUGUGGUCAUGCAUGGAUGAAGGAAGAAUCACCUCUCCUUAAAACAAAGAAGGUUGACUUCUUUUGGAUCAACCGUGACCAGCGAUCCUUCGAAUGGUUUAUCAGUCUCAUUAAUGCAAUGGAGACGGAACAGGCUGAUGUAGAGGAGAUAGAACGCUUCCUUGAUGUACAUCUCUACAUGACGUCAGCUCUCUCUCCCAGUGAUAUGAAGGCUAUUGGAUUACAUAUCGCUCUUGAUCUCAUCCACUCUAAGAAGAACCGAGACACCAUCACGGGAUUAAUGACCAGAACACAACCAGGACGACCAGAUUGGGACCAGGUUUUCCAGGAUCUAAAGAAACAACGGAAGGGCAAGAUCACUGUAUUCUUCUGUGGUUCUCCUGCACUUGGGAAGAUUCUCGCGAGUAAAUGCUUCAAAUACAAGAUGGAAUUCCGAAAGGAAAACUUUUAAAUCAACGUGUUCCUUGAUCGCAUGGAUUGGUUCCACAUUCUUUUACACGGAACCCUAAAAGUAAAGCAGAAUAUAUUUGAAGACUUAAACAAAUCUCCACAUAUUAAUCUCAUUUGCAAUGCAUCAUUAUUUGUCAUUCAAUGUUUGAGCAAGGUAAAUCCUUAAAAUUGACGAGACAAAUUACAGUUUUCUACAUGUGAAGAUAUUUGAAAAAAGUUCCAUUCAUUUUCAAAGGGAAAACGCAACCGUAAAUUUAUUAAGGUUGUCACUUGAUUUAAAACGGUGGACAUAUAACGUUACAAAUUGGAUAUUCUUUUUGAAUGUGCAGAGCUUAAAGGCAUUUAAAUCCAUUAUGACCUAUUAUGACUUAAUAGUCAUAUAAAUACUUUUAAAAUUCGCUGUCGUAAUUCCAAAGAAUAAUACUGUACUGCAUUACCUACGUGUUUUAUUUGAUACUAGAUUAAUAUUAACAUAAAUUCACGUUUUUGCAUUCAAAAUGUUAAAUAUGCCAGACAUUUAAAGAAAUGUUAGAAGCAAUUUCUUUUCGAAAAAAUAAUUUCUGCGAUUCCAGCGAACAUAAUUCUACCCAGCAAAGAUUAUUGCAUGGUCGUUACAUGAUAAAUAAUUGUAUUUACAUGGGGUUUGAUAUUCUAAAUAUAUACAAUAUUAUUCUAAAUAUUCUAAAUACAAGUGCGUACUAAUAGUUUACUAAAUGAACUAAAUUACUGGUGUAUCAAGGUCAAUAGUAAUGGUGGAUGACGUUACUUUAUCAGAAGUUAUCUUAUUUGGAAUAGUACUAAUGCAUGUAGUGUUCAAAUUGUUUAAUCAUCGUAGAGCGUUACAAUUACAGCGUUAUUUGAAGCGAUGUUUUCGAGUCGACGGCGAAUUUAUAACGUGUGAAUAUAUUAGAUGUAGGUUUUAGAACACCAAUUCUUAGACGGAUAGAAGCAUGGACAAGGAGCAAAAUCGGUGACAAACACUGAAGCACGUGUUACAUUAUUUUUCGAAAGUUUAUAUUUUUUAGCAAUUUGAAAUAAGAAUCAUGUUUGAUUCUUUAUUUUAUCUUGGUAUUUUCAUAUUCAUGUAUCUAAGUUAAACUCCUAAGAAGUUUGAAAAGCUGGUUUUGAUCGAUAAUUUCUCUUCAGUUUUAGUGAAUUUUAUUACGUGAUUGAUACUAAUGAAUAGACCAUCUAAUCAUUUUUAAAAUGAUACCCUCUACGAUAUGAUUAUGGUUCACAUGGAAGUUCAGUGCCUUGAUAUGUGGGG